AUGUCGGUGUUCAAUGAGCUCGCAGCUGGUGCAGGGACUGAGAGUGCUCUGACGGCCUAUGCGACGGCGACAUUGGAAGACGGCAAAACACUCCAAGCCAACCUUUAUAUCCCGGCUACCGGCGCUACACCUAACACCAGCUUUAUACAGGAGUCCCUGUUGACGGCUAAUGGCUCGGUAGAGACUAAUGUGUCUACCCCUACGUGUGGAUAA